AGAAGAAAAAGGGAAAACAGAAAGACAAUAGAGAAAGAGGAAAAAUAAAUAAAUAAAAGUUAAUAGAGAAUAAUCAAAAGUGGCAGUCCUUCCAUCCCAUACCCAGUCUAUCCUUGAUAAUUCCAUUCAGCCAUUCCUAUUCUCUCACUGACUUCCAUACCGCCGUCGCCUCCAUACUCCAUCAGGCUGCUGCUCACCUCCCGCCAGAGGCACCACAUCCUCUCGCCGGUCGCCGUCCACGACAGACGGAGCUCAAGGAACGUUAAUCAAGAAACAUAGGUUUGACAGACGCCGUUGGUUCAUUCUGCGGCCCGCUUCAUGUUCUGCUGAUCUGCUGCAGCACAUGUUUCUGCAGCUCGCCUCUCUCUGAUUUGCUGGUCCUGAUCAGGUCACGUCCUCUACUCCAGCCGGUUCAUCAGGUAAGCAAAACAGCUGCAAAACAUGAAGACGGCCAACCAAGUUGGGAUAUUGAAUUGAAGAAGUGCUUUCUGUUGAGUGGCAAGGAGAUGGCACAUCACAUGUUCGACAAAAAUUCUGUUAGGAUGCCCUAGAACUGCAAGUUUCAAUCUUUUUUAUUUUCACUGCGAAGACAAUGGAUUGUAAAUUCUUGUCCUUGAGCCUGCAUCCAGUAGUGCCAUUGCAAAGUAAUUUUUCUUGGAAAAGCAGGAUAGCGUUAACUUUGAUUGCACAUUCCAAUAAAAAAGCACACUACAGAAAGAAACUACCCAAAAACCUUAGAUCUCCGCGACGAUCUAAGCUUCCUCCUGAUUUUGGGGUUAAUUUGUUCCUAAAAAAACCUACCAUUGGGGGUAACCCUUGGCAAAAGGAUCCUACUUUGGACGAUAAUUAUUUAUCCGAAGAGGAAGAAGAAGAGGGAAGUGAACAAGAAGAAGAAAAAGAGGAACAUAAUGGUGAUAUUGUUUGGGAAGCAGAUGAAAUUGAAGCAAUAUCCUCUCUUUUUCAAGGGAGGAUCCCUCAGAAGCCUGGGAAGUUGAAUAGAGAAAGACCUCUCCCACUUUCACUUCCUUACAAAUUGAGACCUCCGGGACAUCCUACUCCGAAGAGACACAUAAAAGACGUUAGUCCAUGGGUAGUCUCUUCGCGGGACACCGUAUGCAAGCGUGUUUACAAAAAUCCAAUCUUUCUUGUCAGUUUAGCCAAGGAAAUUAAACGUCUUAAUCCAGAAUAUGAUGUAUCUGUAGUUUUAGAUGAUUGCGCCCGUUUCUUGCGUAAAGGGUCCUUGUCGUUAACGAUUCGGGAGCUGGGUCAUAUGAGUCUUCCAGAGCGAGCUCUACAGACAUUCUGUUGGGCUCAGAAACAACCUCAUCUUUUCCCUGAUGAUCGGAUUUUGGCUUCCACUGUUGAGGUUUUGGCAAGGAAUCAAGACUUAAAAUUCCCAUUCGACUUUCAAAAGUUCACUAGUUUGGCAAGUCGAGGUGUGAUUGAGGCAAUGAUUAGGGGCUUUAUUCGCGGUGGAAGCUUAAAACUGGCUUUGAACCUUCUUUCAGUAGCCACCCAGGACAAACGAAUGUUAGACCCGAACAUAUAUGCAAAAUUAAUAUUGGAGCUUGGUAAGAACCCUGAUAAACACAUGCUUGUGGAGCAGUUGUUGUACGAGCUUGGGGAAAGAGAAAAUUUGAAUUUAAGCCAUCAGGAUUGCACUGCUAUGAUGAAAGCUUGUGUCAGGCUUAAAAAAUUUGAAUUAGCAAAUGGUCUAUUCCAUUGGUUUAAACUAUCUGGACGCGAGCCAAGUGUUGUUAUGUACACUACUCUGAUUCACAGCUAUUAUUCUGAGAAGGAAUUCAGGCAGGCAUUAACUGUGGUGUGGGAAAUGGAGGGAUCAAAUUGUCUCUUUGAUCUCCCCGCUUAUCGUGUUGUUAUCAAGCUGUUUGUUUCCUUGAAUGAUCUCUCGAGGGCUGUGAGAUACUUUUCAAAACUUAAGGAAGCGGGUUUCUCUCCAACUUACGACAUAUAUAGGGACUUGAUUACAGUUUAUAUGGUUUCUGGGAGGCUGGCAAAGUGUAAGGAGAUCUGGAACGAAGCAGAGAUAGCAGGAUUCAAGUUGGAUGAGAAAAUGAAGUCAGAAUUACCACAACUUGAAAGAGAAACCAGCAGAGUUGGAGUUGGAGAGGAGAAGCCAGUUGAAUUGUUUGAUAGAGAAGAAGAAAGCUAAACAAACAGCAAGAGCAAUACCACGGGCUUAAUGCAAGUGUUAGAGCUUCUCAUAUGCCCACUUCCUUUGCAGACUUGAGCUUUUAAGUGUGCUCGUGAGGAGCUUGACUACAUGCCUGGGAAGCUCCACAGCAAACGCCUAGCUCUUGCACUUAAGAAGAUCAGAAUGCCUGGAAGAGUAUAAGAGACCGGUGAUGCUAAAACAAAGCAAUGAAGAAUUCACACAAGAGGAUCCAGGAGCAGCAAUAAAAUGUAACUAUAUAACUGAACUACGAGAUCUUUGAUUCCUUUACCCAAGAGAGAUAUUUAAGCGACUUAAUUAUUAUUAUAGAAAAUAUUUUAAAAACAUUU